AUGGACUGCGGUCAGCUGGAGAAAGGCUCUUCAGCAUGGACAGAAGACGCCAAGUUCUUGCUUCGAAUCGUUGCGCAACUCAAGGGAGAUGGCCGUGGAAUCAAAUGGGAGAAGAUUAAUAUUCCCGGCCGAACUGUCAAAAGUCUGCAAAACAUGUGGACUAAAAUAAAUAAGCAAAUCAAUGACUUUGAGGCUCGGGAGAACAGUGGCGAGGGAUCUCUUGUUAUCCCUGCCAAGCCGAGGAAGAGGGGCCCUCCUCGCAAGAAGGCCUUGGCCGGGGCGGCAGGCCCGGGCGACGAAGAUCUCGACGACGACUUUUCUGACGUCAAGCAGAAAUUCGUGAAGAAACGUACUGUGGAAGAUAUUGAGGGCGUGCAUAUUGGAGAGGGCGAGCAUCCUGGACGAGCCAAGAAGCGGCCCAAGGUCAAGGCUGAGGCGACGGCUGGCCCUGUCCGCGUGAAGAGAGAAGAUAAAUUCGGUGUUUGAGGAAUGCCUAUUCAUAUCCUCAGAUCACGGUCGAUCAAGAUGGAUCAUGGCUGUGCACGACCCGGGAAGAGGGGCCGAUUUGCUGUUGACGUUGGCAUGCUACGGAACUUAUGUGAGCAUAUUACUUGUUAGGACUGGAACAAGCUGCGGAUGGAUGAGAUACGACAAAUGAGC